GACAUUUUUAUGAACAAGAUUUUUAGUUUGAAAGCAGCUUUAUAUAGUGUUCAUUAUGAUAAAUGACUACAAACUAGUCAAGCUUGUGGAAGAACAUGAAGUUUUGUAUAAUCGACGCCAUCCCCAUUAUAAAAUCAUGGACAAAAAGGAAGAGGCGUUCGUGGAAAUAGCAGCUGGCUUGGGUAUAACUGAUGUUCAUUUGGUUAUUAACCGCUAUCGCACACUGCGUGAUCGCUAUGCAAGAUACAAAAGAAUAAAAGAAACAACUGGUGAGAUUAGAUUCUAUCUUCCCAUAUUGGAUAAAAUGGAGUUUCUUGGUCCUCAUAUAUUCAACAAGAAAAAGGACAGAAAAACCAACUCUUGUGACAGCGACGAUUCUCAGGACCCUUUGCAUGUGGAAGCAAGCGAAACUUUAGAUGAAGCCCCAUCAGCAACGCAAAUAGAACGUACAGAACAAGCCGAAAGUAGGGGAUUUAAAAGAAAAUCAGAGAACGCAGGCGGACAUAAAAUAAACAAAGCAAGAUUUGUUAAGAGCGCCAACGAAUUAAAUGAGACCAUCAAUAGCUUCUUAAUGAUAAGCCAAGCAAAAACUGAAAAACAAAACAGUGGGGCUUUACAUGGCUUUCGCCAGAUGAUAAUAACAACAAUAGGACAAAUGGAUGUAACCAAACAAACAAAAGCUAUGCUGGGUGUGACAGAGGCAGUAAUGAAAAUCAAAAUGGAAGAUGAGGACUAAGAAUAAGAAUAUGCCACGCAUAAUAUAAAAGGACUAGCUUGAUGGUGUUAACAACAACUUUGCCUAAAUGGGCAAAGCAAUGCAAAUAUGAACGAAUGUUGUUUAUAAAAACCUAAAUAUAGCUUUUUGUGAACAUUAAAAAACUUAUAAUAUUGGAUAAUUCUCAACCUCGUUAAAUCUGUAAACCAAAGCUAUCCCAACCAUGUUAUGGGAAUAUCGAAUUAACUGUGGAAUAGCUAAAAACAUCUAGAAACACUUUAA